AUUGCCUCACUGGUCAUUAUUUGAAUAUAAUGGAACAAACACUGCCACUACCCUGAACAUUUCCUUCAGACCCACGGAGUAAAAGGGAGGGAAGAAAAAGAGGGAGGAGACACCGAAGCUCCUGGACUACAGUCCCUCCUUCAGAAACCAGAAACACAAGGAAGACAACAGGAAAUAGCUGUCAUUAUCCAUUCCAGCCUGGCCUCCCCGUGACUUUCCCCCACUCAGUACGAGGCUCCGUUCGAGAGGGGAUGUAACGCUCUUUUAUUUAUUUUUUAUUAAGAAACAGCUUUCUGAAGAUGGAAAAAGGAAAUCCACCACAGGACUUAGCUCCACCGUACCCCGGGCCACCCAUCAACUACGGAGGUGCACCGCAGCAUCCAGGGCCGUACCCUCAGCUGGGGCCGUACCCUCAGCCGGGGCCGUACCCUCAGCCGGGCUUCCCGCCCGCUGGGCCUCCGCCUGCUUACCAGGGAGGUGUGCCUUACGCUGUGGCCCCGGGUCCAAUUACCACCACAGUGACUCACUUGGUUGUAACACCGGCGCUACAUGACGUCCCAGGACAAACUGUGUGUCCCCACUGCCAGCAGACAGUGAUCACGCACACAGAGCACACUGCCGGCCUGAUGACCUGGGCCAUCUGUGGUGGCCUCGCAGUCUUUGGGUGUUUUCUCUGCUGUUGUAUCCCGUUUUGCAUUGAUUCCUGUCAAGAUGUGGAGCACCGCUGCCCUUCUUGCCAAAACGUCAUUUACAUAUACAAGCGAAUGUAAAACUGAUAAUAGAUGAGUGAUGAUUUCCUAAUGCAUGUUUGUAGCCUCUCUUGCAUUUUCACAUUCUUCUUUCUUGCUCUAGACAUUAUUUUAAAAUAAAAUGUAUUCAUCCUAUACUGACAUCUCAACUGUCAUUUUGUGACUCUUUUACCCUAUAAUUAAAAUGCUUUUCAUAUA